UGUUGGUUUUCUCUUUACAGGCUGCCGGAGGAACACAGUGGGUAUGACCGUUCUAGUCAUUUCUAUGAAGGCAGGCGAGAUGAAGGGCUUGGUUACAACGGUCCCGGAGUUGGCCCUCCCGGAAUGCGCCGUGCCUACCCUAAUGAUCGGGAACAGGACUUCCCGAGCAGAGGUCGGUUGCGGCCUUACACGAGAGGACCCUAUGGUGGAGGACGCCCCGAUCAGGGGGACUACCAAUGGGGUAAUACCCAGUAUCGUUACCUUCAUCAAGACCCUUACGUGGAGGAAAAGGUGGUGGUACGGAGAGGAGCCGUGCCACCCGCCUCGGCUUCUCCGCCUCCCCUCCCUCGUCCUGCUGCACCCCGGCCCUCGAGGAUUCACACCGGAAGUAGCAGUAUGAACAAAAGGCGUGGACCCGCUAGCAGAUCUGGGUCUGAAUCCCGGUCGACAAGUAGAAGCAGCAGUAGCAGCAGUAGUAGUAGUAGCAGUAGCCGAUCCACUUCCAGCAGCUCGAGAUCACCAUCACCGAGACGAAUAAGUGUUGGAGGUAUAUCAAGUGGAGCGCUCCUCACUCCCGGUGGUGGAGGACUCGACUCUCCCCCAGAAGAGAAGAGACCACUAGCUAUCUGUGUUAGAAAUCUUCCACCUUGGUCCACAGAAACAUCGUUGCGGGAGGGAUUGUUCCAUGACUACAAGAAACAUGGAAAGGUAAUGGCUGUACGCUUGCUGGGCACUGGCAAUGACCGCUUUGCUGUUGUCUGCUUUAAGAAGCCGGAGGAUGCAGAGAAGGCUCUCGACGCCUCACGAGAAAAACUUUUUUUUGGUGUCAAAAUCCAGGUGGCGCCUCAUGAAGGAGUCGAGCUGGAUGAGAGUGAAUGUAGAGCUUAUGAUAUCGAAGUGGACGAGUACCACCCUAGAGCCACCCGCACCCUCUUCAUCGGCAACUUGGAGAAGGAAGUCACCAUCGAGGACCUCAAGAAACAUUUUGAACAAUUUGGUGAUAUAAUUGAGAUUGAUAUUAAGAAGCAAAAUACAUCAACUUUUGCCUUCUGCCAGUAUUCAGACAUCCGGUCAGUAGUGCGAGCCAUGAGGCAGAUGGACGGGGAACACCUCGGGACCAAUCGUAUUAAGUUGGGGUUUGGUAAAUCAAUGCCGACUCGUUGCGUCUGGAUUGACGGCGUACCCGAGACAAUGGCCGAGAAGCAGCUGUACGAGCAGUUCUUACGCUUUGGUCCCGUCAUAAACACCAUCAUUGACCGGGAGAAAGGACAUGCCCUCAUCUUUUACGAGAUUGAGAAGUAUGCCUCUAGUGCAGUCAUGGAAAUGCGUGGACGGAUGCUGAAUGGCAGAAAGAUCCAGAUCGACUUUGCCUCUCGAGAAUGCCAAGCUGCCUUCUUUGAACAUCUGGCGAAGCAGGGCCAUCCAGUGCCAACAGACCGGCCCUGGGAGCGACGAGAACUGGAAAAGGAGCCGGGGCGCUACGAGGGCACGACCAACAGAUACAGUCGAUAUGAACGUACAAGAAGAGAAGGGGCCCCGUUCCCCGCCAGACCCACGGCCAACAACAGAGCGGCUCCCUACAACUCCACCGGUACCCGAUCGCGAGGCAGAUACGACAACUACGACGAGUUCCCCCCAGUAAGGAGUUAUGAUGAAUUCAGUCAAGGAAGUGGUGCAUCCUAUGAAGACUCUUAUGAACGGGAACUUCGUGAGUAUGCUGGGAGUCAGAGGUAUGGUGAGGGAGUUGGCAGUGGAGGUGGUAGUAGUAGUGGAGCUGGAGGCAGCAGGCGACACAGCUUUAGUCCUGCGUGUCGGCGGGACGAUCCCUCGCCGGGCUCACAGCGGGCUCAUUCGAGAGAUCGCAGCAGUUUGAGCCCUCCGGCCCGCGUGCCGUACGAGGAUGGUGAAACUGGCGGUCGUCGUACCGCCCGACGCUCCACUAGUGAUCACGACAGCUUUCACAGUCAGUCUCCUCCCGGGUCUCGUGCUGCCUCUCCACCGCCGCCGCCACGUCCCACAAAAGGCAAUUCGGGGGUUUCCUCUCGUUUGGCUCCAAGAUCUCCGGGAACGCCAAUAGCCGCGUCGCCGUCGCGCGAAGUAACGCUACUGGACGAUCGUUCCCUCCCGGAUCCUCGCGACUACAGAAGACGUACAAACGACCUCAAAGAUCUCGUCGUACGCGUCAGUGACGUACGUCGUCCGCCUCCUGCACCGCCGGAGUCGCCCCACCGGACGGGCACCCAUCGACUUCAUCGUUCAUCUCACACCGAGGACGGGGAGGACGUAGUGAGUAGCAGCAGCGGGGGUGCAGGCGGUCCACAGGAUCCCAGACUCGUUCACCGCCGAAGUGCUGACGAUCCGUCGUCAUCGGGGGACGAGCGGCCGCCCGAUCCCGAACGACCUCCUAAGAAACCACGUUAUAAUGAAGUCAAUUACGAGAAGAUAGUGAGUGUAAAACGGCUGGCCGAUAGUAGUGAUUCCAUACCAAAUUUCCGACGACCGCACGACGCUCGCAGAGACAGUCGAUUGGUGAGACGCAGCGGGGAAACCUUGCCGCCGCCGCCACGUCACACCGAGGAAGUUCUCCAUGAUCCACGCUAUCGCAGACCUUCUAUAUCGGACUCUGUUGACGACGUACAUUGGCGACGUGACGCCGUUCAUGUGUCUUCCUCGUGUGAUGCAGCUGCAGACCAUAGUGACACCAGUCCUCCUGGUACCCCCGUCCGUGAUGAGAGAGAUGACUCCUCAGACCCUGUACGUCACACUUUACACCACCACCACCCUCACCAUCAUAAUCAUCACCAUCAUCACCACAGAGAACGGUACCACACUGUCCCUCUUUCUCUGCCAUUACCAAGGUUUGCACAGCAAGUUCGGGCCCAUCUGUCGCCGCGUGCUGCAUCAACAUCUCCCAAAGGUGCCAGUCUCUUGCGGUCUCCUCCAUUCAGCGGUGGAGCGAACGUAGGCGUACGAGGAGACUCCCGAGAAGUGGCCGGAGCCGUGAUGGACACGCCACUGUCGCCCGGUCCACGUGACAGUCCCUCAGACUCUGAAGAAUCCCCUUUGCCUUCACCAUGUAGUCCUUCUAUUGAUCUAGAACAGCGGAUACGUGCGCUAGAUGAGAAGUAUGAAAAAUGGUCUGGGUCAUCAAGGGUAGUGGGAAACAGCUUAACAUCAAAUGCAAAUGAAAUUGUGAAUGAUAGUGGGUGUAGCUCUGGAGGUAGUGGGAAUAAAAAUGCACGAUUACCAAGAAUACUCGAUCUCGAGGAGCUGCGGUCACAGCCGUCCGAUAUUGUUAAAUCCCUUCUUUCAAAAAGAUCAGUCUUUGACGAGGAUAGCAAACGACUGGAAAAUGUCGGUGAUAAAUACGAACCCAAGCCAUUCACUGCAGCUUCACGUACUACCAGAGCUGGAAGUCUCUUGCCGAGUCCACCGUUGGUCAACACGCACGUCCCACGCCUUCCUGCUACCCCACCUGCUGUGCCCUCUGCUACACCUAUCAGUAGCCUGCCAGGUGUUAGACUAUCGAGUCAUCAGACACAGCAACAACAACCCAUUACUUCAAGUCCUUCACAAGUUCCUAGGGUGUUUGUUUCUGUCCCGCAGGUCAGUAAGUCUCAGGGAUUGUCACCGCUGCAUAGACCUGCAGUUUCCCAGGCAGUACGCCCACCUGCCUCCAGCCCUGGCUUUAGUCCCGGUGUCAGUCCUGGUGUCAGUCCUGCCCAUCCACCACACAUGUCUCCAGUAACACCUGUAAGCCCAGCACCGCCCCUUACCACCACCUCUUCCAUUGCUACCGCCACCAAUACUACCUCAGCUGCCACGCCACUUAGACGCACCCCUUUGCCGCCCCGUGCAGUGCGUCUUGACUUGCCAGUUAUCACAGGAGAUGUGGGGGAGGUCUCGGGGGGAGGGUCAUCGAGUGGAGUGGUUACUGUCGUUGCCGACACUCGCGUUACGGGCGUAGUGUCGGUAACGCAGUCGGUGUCGAGCAGCAAGUCGGUGCUGACCACUACCACCAGCGUCCUGCAGCCGUUGUCCAGCCCCGCUGCUGCGUGGUCUGCUGCGGGAGAAUCUGCACCGCAUAAUGUACCUGAGAGGAGUGGCAGUCAUGCUCUCCCAUUAUUAGUAAAAGAAGAGCCUCCAAUGGAAGAGGCAGGGGACCCUAUCCUUCAGAGAAUAAAAUGUGAUCAACCCAGCUUAGAGGAUACUAAAACCAAAGAGUUUGUGAUGGAAGUUAGUGAAUGCAAGGAAACAGUUUUGUCUGUUGCUGCAGAAGACUUGAACACCCAUCUGAAGACAGGACCACUCAAGAUAGAGGCUAUUAAAACAGAAAAUAUAAAAGUGGAACCGUUUAAAUCAGAAAAUAACAAGACCGAGGUAAUUAAAGUGGAGAAUGUCAAGCUAGAAAAUGUAAAAAGUGAAACAAAUAACAAGGAAGUGACCAAUAACCACAAACGAAGACACAGUAGCGUUGACAGCGACCCUCGUUAUAAGGGGGAUGGAAAAUCCCUCGAACCCGAUUCUAAACGAUUGAGAUACGACGGCGAAGAGGAAAAAAUUCUCAGAGAAAAGGUGGGCAAAGAGCGACGGGACUCCCGAGAUGCCCGGGAGAGUAAAAAGAGUGACCAUAAUAAGAAGAGUAGGUGUUGUCGAAGGGACGAAAGUCACGACGACAAAAUCAACAACAGAACUUUUGACUUGUUGGAAACUAAACAGAAAAGGAAAACGUACGAGAAUAAACUAGACGAGAAAAAGGAAGACGGUCAUAAAAAGGAAGAGAAGAAAGAGAGAAAGAAAGACAAAUUAGAGGAAAAGUUUCACGACAGUAAAGCGGAAAUUCGUACGCUGGAAAAAGUCUGCGAGAAAAAAAGUGAGGACAGAAAGGACGACAAGAAAGAAGAGAAGAGAGAAGAACGCAGGGAAGACAAGAAAGAAGAGAAGCACGAGGAAAAGAAAGACGAGAAGAAAGAAGAAAGGAAAGAGAGCGUUCGGGAGGAAAAAGUCAAGAAUGAGGGAGAGAAGAGAAGACACAGUGAAGACAAGAGAACAGAACCACGGGACCAGAAGCAUAAAGAGAAAAAAGAGAAAUCGAAGGACAGACUCAAGAGCUCUUCCACAUCAUCGCGGUACGACAAGGAGGCGGAGAAGGAACGGAUCCGAGAAAAAGAGAAGGAAAAGGAGAGAGAUAGAGAACGUGAGAAAGAAGAAGAAAAAGAGAGGGAGAGAGAAAAGACCCUGGAGAAAGAGCGAGAGAAGGAUAGAGAAAAGGUGUCGGAGAAGGAGAAGUGUUUGGAAAAGGAAAGAGCUCUUGAGAGGGAGAGAGAAAAGGCUCCUGAUAGGGAGAGAGAAAAGGCUCUUGAGAGGGAGAGAGAAAGAGAAAAAGCACUUGAAAGAGAAAAGGCACUUGAAAGAGAUAGAGAAAAACUCCUUGAGAGAGAAAGGGAGAAAGCUCAUGACAGGGAGAGAGAAAAGGCUCUCGAGAGGGAACGAGAAAAGGCAAUUGAAAGAGACAAAGCCGUUGACAAGGAAAGAGAAAAAGCUCUGGAGAAGGAGAGAAAAAAGGCCAAUGAAAAAGAGAGAGAAAAGGCUGCAGAAAAGGACAAAGUAUUGGAGAAGGAGAGAGAUAAAACUGUAGACAAAGACAGAGAACGGGAGAAAGACAAGGAGAAGAUCCGCAUCAAUGACAGAUCCCGUGAACGAGACAAAGAAAGACUAGGAAGAAUCAACCAUCGCGAUAAUGCCGAGAGAACCGAGAGCAGACGAGACGGUCGCCAUAACAACGACCAUCGCCAUAAUGACAAGCGAAGAGACUCUCGGCACGAAGCGACGGUCAGGCAUCACCACAGAUCGUACGACGCGUCCGACGCGAACGACGCCUCAAAGAACAAGCUCCGUAAGACUCGCCUCCUGGAAACCGACGAAGACGAGAUCCCAGAGCUGAAUAAAAUAACUACUGUCCAUUAUUCCAGCAGUGAGGAUACCAUAACACUCAAUCACGAUUCUUGUAUACCUCGUACGGAAGAUUCCAUUCAUCGAACGGAAAAACCCGAAGCGUGCGGGGAGUCGGAAGAGAGGAGAGGGGAGCGGCUGCGUGAUGGUCGACGUAGGAAGCACGAUUCUGGCAAGAGUGAUGGAGAGGCACGGUUGAAAGCUACUUCUUGUAGAGUUAGGACUAAUCCUCCUCAACCAGCUCGAAUUAAAGGUCGCAACGAUUCCCUCGACCCUCAGUUACCCGCCAGCGACGUAGCAACUUCAGAAGACGAGGUGACGCGGGCCAAAGUGGCACCGAUAUCCCGACGCAACAGCACAAGCAAUAAAUCACACCAACAACACAUAAGAAUAGGGAUGACCACAACUCAGAAAAACAAACAUGGUAAUAAAACUAAGUCAAUAUUUGAUCCAGAAAGUGAUUCUUGUGAUAGUUUGUCUGGCUCUGGUGGGGAGGCAGAAGAUGGGGAGGAGGAAGAGAUUCCUAAAAAACACUCCAUAUUUGACAUUCCUGCCGACGACGGUAAAUUUGACAUGUACGAUAAGGUGAAGGCAAGACGACUAAAACGGCAACAGAAACAGGAGGAAGAGAGAAGACAGCAAGAAAUAAAACAGUUGCAGAUGCAGAAGUAUCGUCAACACCAGCGGGCCAGGAAGGAGAAGAAAGCGACCCCUCCCAUUCACUCCGACAUCUCGGAUUCUGACGAAGAGGAAGACGCCAGCGGUCGAGGACACAAGCGCAUACACAAUCGGCAGACCAGCUCGGACGACGACGCUCUUCGUAAACGCCGACCCACGCAUCUAACCUCGGAUGAGUCGGAUGAUGACAUGUGCUUGAGGCAAGACAAGAAGAAAUUAUCAUCACUAACCGGCUGUAAAAAGGAAGUAAAACAUAAAGCCAAAAAUAUGAUUGUAUCUGAUGUUACCACUGAUGAUGAAGUGGUCAUAAACUCUCCCAGUUAUCCUUCCACUAUUAGACUAAAUAGUAUUCCCGACGGUGCCGAAUCCGGAGACAACGUCAGAAGUCUCGGCGAUCAUCUCUUUAUUGAUUCGGAUACGGAGAGCGAUGCACACGUUAAAAGACCGAGCAAACCGAUGAGACAACUCGAGUCGGAGAGCGAAGUGUCGGAUGUUUCGUCCCACACUAAACCGCCCAAACCAGCAGCUAGAGUAAAAGUUCGGGACAAAGAGCGAAAACCGAGUCGGAUUCGGGAGAAACCCAAGAAAGGCGUCAGUAUCAGUAAAGAAAUUAUCACAACUUCGGAGGACAGCGAUGCAGCCGUACCCUCGGAAGAUUCUCGUCCGAUCCGCCCAAAAGUAAAAGCCGAAGCGGUUGAAGUACGACAAGAAAAGCCCGUCUUACAGCCACAGCGGGAGAGAAAACGAACGGGCGACGGAGGAGUCACCAGAGAUAAGAUAUCCUCUAAGAAAGACGAGAGAAUGGAGAUCAUAUUUGGUCAUAUAUCGGACGACUCCGACGCGACCCCAAACUUGCCGUGUGUUUGUCCCGCUUCUGCCACGUCAAGAAGAAAGGGAUCUGCUUCAUCGGGAACGUCUACAGCGCCGCCACCUCUAUCUCCCGCGCCGACUCGACUCACCGUGUGCGAAGUGUACGAUACCGACUCUGACGACACGCAGAUACCGCCUGCGUCGAGACACGGCCACGUUCGAGCUAAGCAGACGUCCCAAGAUGCUUCGUGGUUAGAAUCGAGGAGUGAAAUUAAGAUCGAAAAUAAAAUUAAACCCGAGUGUAGGAUCGAAGAACGACGAAGUUUGAAAAAAGAGAAAUCUCGACGUGAGCCGCCUCCAUCCUCAGAGGUUGUCAGACCAAUGUCAGAAUCAGGAAAAAGUAGUAUUAGUAGUAGCAGCACAAGUACCAAUAACAUAGCUAGUACUAGUACCAAUGCUAAUAAUAGUACAAUUGAUGAAGUGUCUCAGCCGUAUAUGCGACAGUUAACUGAAGUAAUAAAGGAAGAGCCCGAGUAUCGUGACUCCGAAACCAGCGUCACCGUAGAUACGUUUCGCAUCAACGACGAAGAUCCGGGCGAGCAGCGGGACUCUCGUAAGGAUAAGAAAAGAAAGAAAAGACAGAAGAGAGAAAAAGAUUGCAGUCGCGGUCGCCGUCAUCAUCGUCAUCCCGGCGACGACCACAUUCCCGAACAUCAGAACGAUCGCCACAGUAUUGACCAUUCCUCUUUGUUGCACAUAGAUACUGCUUCCCCACACAGCCCACAUGAACUAUCUUCCCCUUGCAUGCUUAGUCCUCAGGAUAAAAUGAUGGUGGGUCAUGGUGCGCCAACUGCAGUCAGUCCACAUAGUCCACAUGUGAUGCCCCAACCUCCAGUGUCAGUAUGCAACUCCUCUGAUACCUGUACACCUCACAGUCCCCUCGAACCACCGCCUCUUCAGAGUCCACCCGCACGCACCCUUUCUCGGGACUCUCGGCAAUCUAUCGAGUCCAGGGAAAGUAACGAAUCGUCAGAAGUUAAGGGAGGCCGUAGUCCACAUCCACUCGCUGCUCUUCCUCCAGAUGCAGCAGAGUCAGCAGUACAGUCUCUCACAUCCCACGUACCGGCUUCAUCACCCUCCACAGCACACGAGCCAAUAUUUGAGGAUAUAACGGAAGCAUCCAAUCUUAGUGCUCCAGAUACCUCUGUUGAUAACAAUGCAGCUACUAGUGGAAGUGGUUCAGGAAAAGCUUCAAGAGCUGUCAUUUCUCAAGAAGAGACUCUCAAUGCAGUAGCAGGACUUCUAGCAUGUUAUGAUGAGUACAGUGAUGAUGCUGGCGUACAGCCGGCAGUUGAAGAAACACUUAUGCCUCCUGACACUUCUGCAGCUGCUGAGGAUGCUUUUGAAGAAGCUCAAAAAGCUGCCCAAAUGCUGCAGUGUGAAAUGCCCGGGGAAAGAGAGGACGCGUGGCCACAGCAGCCGCCGCACAACCCACCGUCUACUCCUGUCAAAGUUCCUGAAGAACCUGAUACCCAACCGGUGGCACCACAGGAGGAAGAGGAAGAGGAAGAACAUGAACCCCAAACUGAAGAUAGAAGAUUUUCACAGGUUCCACCUGACAGUCCAGCAUCUAUGCAGUCAGAACCUGAAUUACAAAUCGAUGAAGACCAACCUGACCCCACUGAUGAUCUAGAUUCAUCCACAUUAACUCCAGAGGAGCAGAAGGCACAUGCCCAUUCUCAAGAUGAAGAAAAUGAUGUAUCAACUCGGGACUCUUCGUGGUCUAGUGCUGCUGAAAAAUCAGGUACUACAGAAUCUUCAUCAACACCAGUCAUAUCAGGAGAUGAAGUUCAUAGUGAUGAAACAAACCAGAAAGUAGAACAAGCAGAAAAGACAGUUGUGACACACCAACAAAAAUCUGAAAGUCCCACCACAGCAGUAGCAAGUCCGCCCUCUGGAACUCUCCCGGAAAAGGUUAACCAACCCGAAAUGCCUGCUCAGACAUCACAGCCAGCAGAUACUCUUAGCACUGGGACAGCUUGUGUGAAGCCCACAACAUCAUCUGUAAAAACAGCCUCUGCAGUACCUUCACUUCCUACAAAACACCCAGCAUUGCCUGUAAAGUGUUCACCAGCUCUCGUAAAACCCACAUCCGUUUCAGAGAAAUGUACAGUAACUCCUGUAAAACCCACAACAGCCUCAGAAGAACCUAACUUGGAUCUUGUAAAGUCUGAUUCACAACCUCUGAAAAGCUCAUGUUCUAUAACAGAUACUCCUGUGACAACAACCCCAACAACACACUCAUUAGAAGUCAGUUCAAAACAUACAGUAAACACAACAGUCUCCUCCUCACCUCAGUCUCAUGCUGUAGGGAACACUUUCAAGCCCAAACUAGAUGGUAACCAGAAGUGCUCCUCAGACACCAUGUCAAAUUUAUUGUCCAGCUCGCCUGUAACUCUUCCAUCUUCAGUUCCUUCCUUAACAAUAGCAAAUUCUGUAUCUGUAAAUUCUGCCUGCACAUCAUUGUCAUCUUCAACCUCUGUAGUGUCUAGUGUAACAUCUUUAACAACUCCUGUUUCUGUCCCAGUGACCACUUCAGUAUCUUCCCCUACUUCUAUAACUCCCCCAUCAUCAGUAUCAACUAUAGAAAUGAUUCCAGCCUCCCUGCCUGUAUCAACAUCAGUCAACACUUCAGUUUCCAUUCCAACUUCAAUGCCUAUGUCUACCUCUACAGCAUCUUCAACUAGUAAUACAUUGUUCACUACCACUUCAGUUCAUACUUCUACUCCUAUAUUGACCACCACACCUGUACACACAUCUGUUUCAUUGACGGCUCCCUCUCCUGCACAGCCCUCCACCUCACUACCUACUACUACUUCAGUUCUCAAUACAAGUAUGUCAUCCACCACCACCACCACCACCACCUCCUCCUCUAUAUCUACUCUCACUUCAAAUGCAAAUCCCACUCCAUUGUCUGUUGCUUCCUCAACACCAGUUCCAGUUUCUUUACCAAAUACAUCUUCAAUUAUGACAACAACUUCUUUUUCCACUCCCACUCACAUCCCUGUUCCUGUUACUGGACCUGUUCCUCCCUCUGUUCCCAUCCCAGCCACAGAGCCAAAGACUGCUACAGAGCCAAUAGAAAUUACUGACACAAAACUGAACAUAAACAAAACAAUAAAAGAAGAAACUACACCUGAUGACAGUAAGGACGUGAAGCCUUUCAGUGUUGAUGCAUCAAUAUCCACUAGCAUGUCCACCUUAGUUCCUGACACUAAAGCUGUUGAUACAAAAUGCAGUUUGGGUUCACAGGUACCAACUGAUGUGAAAGGAAAAACAGAAACUGUAUUGCCUGAAGAGGAUAGUUCUUGUAUGGAAUCCAAACAAGGAUUUGAGGGGAUGGUUUCAGUUGAUGGAACAACCACAUCUGAAACAGUUAAAGUUGAAAGUGCCAGCAAUCCAAUGGCAGUUGAGCGUGCAUUAGCUAAUCUUCAGACAAUUGUCAGCGAGACGGCAACACAACCCGACUUAGAGAGAGCUUCGCAACCAAAUGCAGAAGAGUCUUCGUUGUGUGUGGAACAGAAGCCAAAGUCAGAAGUGAUGCCUCCAAGACCAUCAACACCACCUCAGCCACAAGAUGAUUUAGCCAAGUUAGAACAAGUUUGUUCCGAGAUACAAAAUCAGAAUGAAGACAUCCCAGUAGAAGACAAGUCUCUCGAGUCAAAAAGUGUUCCUCUGUCUGAAGAAAUUACUAAAAAUGAUCCAAAAGUUCAAGAACGCACAGUUGUAGCGACUCGAGGCAGGGGGCGAGGACGUGGUCGACGAGGGGGUAGACGGGCUACCGAAGUUGCAGAGGAGACCUCUGGUACUGUGUUACCUAUCACUCGCUCUGGUGCUGCAACACGUGGCAAGGGUCGAGGUCGAGGACGCCAGACUCGCAACAGUGAGAGUCAGAAGGAUGUGCUACAGACAGACCUUCCUGUAAAUCAAAUUACCGACAAAACCUUACCAGAACCGAGACGAAGCAGCCGUACGAAACGUGCUCGACGUCACCCAGACAUGGUAGAUCACGAAGAAACGAGUGCACGUCGGCGCCGUGGUCGCGGCGGACGCAUCAAUCAAGCGGAAGACAGCCGGCCACUGCCAACACCAGCAGCCCCGGAUGUAUAUGACUUCCAUGAAUCUGAUGAUGAAGAUAUCAACUUAGGUCUUGCCAAAACCAAAAUAAAGAAGGAAGUGCCUCGAUCUGUUGCGGGCAGAAGCCCAGUUAAGCCGGAGCCAGAAGAAAUUCGUCGAGUAGAAAAUGACGACAUUCGUCCUAUGGCACCAAUUACUCGAAGAUCGGGACGGCUUCGCGAUAAGGCUAAUGAUGAUGAGCCACAAGGUAUUGGUGAAGAAGGAAACAGUAAUGAAUCAAUUAUUGUGUUGGAGAGUACAAUUCCUUUACAGCCUCUACCUGUAACAACUACCUUACCUGUUACGCUGCCCACAACCGUUACAUCUACAGUUACAGCUCUGUCCACCCGUGGCCGUGGACGUGGUAAACAGCGCGAUGUCGACAUCAGACGGGAUCUUGACAUCAGACGGGAUCUUGACAUCAGACGGGAUCUUGACAUCAGACGGGAUCUCGACGUCAGGCGCGAUCUCGAUGUCAGGCGCGAUGUCGACGUCAGGCGCGAUGUUGACGUCAGGCGCGAUGUCGACGUCAGGCGCGAUGUCGACGUCAGGCGCGAUGUCGACGUCAGGCGCGAUGUCGACAUUAGGCGCGAUGUCGAUGUCAGACGUGAUGUCGACGUCAGACGGGAUCUUGACGUUAGGCGCGAUGUUGACGUCAGACGUGAUGUCGACGUCAGACGGGAUCUUGACGUCAGACGGGACCUUGACGUCAGGCGCGAUGUUGAUAUUGACGAGGAAUCGUCUGUGCGCAAGAGCCCACGCGGCCGACCACGCUCCUUUGACUCACAGUUGGAGACUGACAAGCCCAUUUUGUGCACCCCUCAGACCAUACCUUCAACAACAACCUCAGCAACAAGUGUUUCCACAAUAGUGACCAGUGUAGUCACAACCAGUACAACCACCUCGGUGAAUCCAUCUGUAGAAGAACGAAAGUCUGAAGCAGAAUUAGUAGAUCCAGUAACUGGUGUUGUGACCAGAGUGAAAGUCUGUGAAGAGGGUCAGUAUGUUACAGACAGUGGUGAAACAGCCAUUCCUCCCACAGUACAUUCUUUACCUACUGCAGACAGCCUCACUAAACAGCAAAUUGUGUGUUCAUCAUCAGUUUGCACCAACAGUAAUACAAGCCCUUGUGUAAGUUCUGUAGUUAGCACCAGCAAUGUUGAUGCUUCUCAUUCAGCAACUCUUACCAGUAGAUGUCGACCGGGUGUGACAAUGACUGUCGCUAACAGCAGUAAUAUUGGUGUUCCGUUGAUGAGUGCCGGUCGUGUUGGAGAGGUUAGCGUGGAACUGGUCACGAGGGUUCGCCCCCCACUUGCAACCCCCACACAAGUGUCAGCAAGUGUUCCUACUAUGGUACCUACCAUUUCUACUGCCAUACCACCUACUAUACCUUCUGUUUUGACUCCAACUCAAGUACCCCCUGUUCGUAAUGCCAUACCCGCUGUUGUAGCUUUAGGAGGAGCACCACGACCUGCUGUAACUGCACCUGUUUACAUAACCAAACAAAAGCCUGUACAGCUGCAGCAACAACAAACACAGGUACAGCCAGUCCAACCACAGAUAUCCCAGCAACAACAGUUACAACAAAAGCAGGUGCAGCAGCAUCAACAGCAGCAGCAACAACAACAACAACAGCCUCAACAACCACCACAAACAAAGCCUGUUCAGAUCAAGACCAUGGCUGUGGUUUCCUCGCCAGCAUCCAUACCUUUAGGAAACCACGUACGCAAGUCCAGCGUGACAGCCCCAGCUUCUGCUUAUUACCCACCAAAGUCUCUACCAGCCACCCCUGGAGUGAGCGUAAGUCAGCCAGUUAGUCGUGCUGCAGUGGUGCCCAAGACUAGCACCUCCAGCAACCAAUCACAACCCACGGACCUUUUAAUGGAGGGCCGUCCUGUGCCCGGUGCCCCAGCUGCAACUUACGAAACCACCCAUGCUAGAGUUGCUCCUGCGGCUGCUAUUGAGGAUAGUGCAGGUCAUCACAGAGUCUUUAUUGAGGAACAGCGGGCCGUUCACGGAGAGUUUAUCGGCAUGAACAUGCACCCGCGCUAUCCUAACUCACGUUUCCUGGAACCGCCACGCGUCGACGUCGCGAGAUUACCCGGUUCUUCUCCGUCGACUCCUUCACCUGCCGGUCGACCCCACGAGUCGGAGCCUCACGCUCCCGCUCAUCACAAUACGAUUCCAGGAUACGACAUGCAUGCUGUUGCUGCUGCUGCUGCCCACAGUCACAGUGCGGCUGCCCCCAUGCCUGCCUCCUCUGUCUCAGCUGCCCCCAAGGGUGGACUGGCUCACUACUACCAUGCAGGGGAUGUAGGAGAGUACCAGCAACAGCCUGUGGCUCUCCACCACCCCCACCAUCCAUCACAGAUUAAUGCUAGUGGUGGUGGUGGUGGGGGUGGUGGCACUGGUGGUGGCGGUGGUCCUGGUGUUGGUGGUGGGGAACGCUACCUUACCUCUCCACCAUUGUCCACCCCUCCCUCUGCCCACACUCCCCCACCUGCCCACCAGCACACCCUGCAGGGUGAGAUGAUGAGAGGGGUACCUCCUCCAUACCUACCACACAUGUACUCCUCACAGUACUAUGGUAUCUAUGGAGGUGAAAAGAUAAUAACACCAUUGCCACUUGAUAUGAAGUUAGAGAAGGGUGAAACGGAGAAGCUUGAACCAAGGUCUGGGACUGGCACUCCAGGCCCGGCCGAGUUCCCUCCAAGACCAAGCGGUGCUCCCGCAACCUUAGCUCCGCGUGGUCAGUCUUCGCCUCAUGUGCUGGCCUCUCCACACCACGACCGCUCUACCGACUCCCCGCAGGUGGCCAUGGUGUAUACUCGACUGUACGACCGCUACUACUAUCCUCCCGGUCGCACUGGCACACCCGGAGCUCCUGGGACUGCCGAACACGAAGCUAGAAGUCGUAUCUCGUCACCAUCAGCUGCUGCCCAUGUCUACCCAACCAUUCCCCCUACUGAAGUCCACCACCCGUCAAUGGUACAAAUUUCUCCACAACAAUUUACUACACAGAUUCCACCGCAGUUACAGAUGUUACUCCAGCAACAGGGGUCUGAUGUGACGUGGGCAGGCCUGCUAGGCUUAAAGCAAGAUCACGCAGCUGUGCAGAUGCUGUAUGUGUCUGGCAGCAGUGAGGUUGCCCGCGGUGCUUUACGUGUACAUCCUGAUGGUACCACCUCCCCCAUCCGUAUUGGACAAAGAAUGAGACUUGAACAAACUCAGCUUGAGGGAGUGGCUAGGAAGAUUCAGAUGGAAGCAGAACAUUGCAUGCUGCUGGCACUACCACACGGCCGAGAUUCCUUUGACUUCAUGCAGCAGCAGAACAGUCUCCGUAACGGCAUAAUAAAUUAUCUUGUGGUUAAGCAGGCUGCCGGGAUAGUCAAUGUUUCAGCACCAGGAACACAACAACCAGCGUACGUGGUCCACAUCUUCCCACCCUGUGAUUUUGCCAAUGAAAAUUUGGCCCGAAUCUCACCUGAUCUGUUACACCUUGUCGCAGAAAUUUCCUACCUCCUGGUUGUCAUAGCUACGUGCUGAGCAUAAGAAAACCCACCAUAAAGUUUACUCUAAAAGGCAUAGUUAUCGAGUGCAAACAGCCGAUGAGGCUCUUCGUAAAGGAUUACAGUGUUAUGGGUCCAACCGCGAAGGUAAUCUCGACACCCCGACUUAGACAGAGAAUCAGAUGUUGACUUAAAUAUUACCUAUAUGAUUUGUUAAUCUACUUUCAGAACUCAAGAAAUUAAAUUAAAGAAUUAAUUACCAUUAAACAAUAAAUUUAAAGUCAUCUUGAGCUCUUUCAUAUCUGUUUUGUGCUUAAUGACUGAAAAUUAGAAAUGCUUAAAGUUCAUUGAACCUCAAAUUAUAACAAAGUUUUAAAUCCACCGUACUGUACCGAAGUAACAAUCCUCACUCAUCAUAAUCAUUGUUAAGUGAGAUGGUCCUCUGAGAAUGGAUUACACAGUUAUAGAAAUAGCUGUGCCAGUUCCAUUCCUCAUACUGUGUGUAGUUAUAAAGCUACAAUGAACUCAUUAAACUCUGAAUAUGACUCGUCAAACUGAUAAAGAAUUGUGACUUAGUAUCUUGCCUCUGUAAAUACGUACGAGAAAGACAGUGUGAAAUGGACUAAUGUACUGUAUACUAAAACUAAGAAGGAUGCUGUAAGAUAUACUUGAACAGCAUCGUUAUAUGUGAUAAAAGAGUUAAUUUAUUAUGUGCAUAUAGAAUAAGAAAGAAAAUGUCUAUUUGGCAGAAAUUAAGUGUAGUGAAAGUGGAUGGCAACUUGUACAAAGCAUUAGCAUAAACCUGUCGUGAAAGUGAAGUGAAGGGAAGUAGUAUAAAGUGGAAGUGGCGUAAAUUCCAGAUGGUGAUAACUGAAAUUUGUGUUUGUCCUAACAUGAUCCUCACAGCAAAUUUAAACCGAAACAAUAUCGAAAAGUAAGACGAGCAUUUAGGAAACAUUCGACAGGACCAGGUGUCGUGUUAGAAGAAUGCGAAAGCGAUAAGUUUGUGUCACUGUUGUGUUUUGACUGUUUGGUGUGUGCAGCUUGCAACAGCCAGAUGUUCCUGUAAUAUGUGAGUUCAUCACCACUAUCACAAAGUGUGGUGCUGUGGCCUUGUCUAUUGUGCUACACUACUGCUUCUGAGGACAUGCACCCAAGGACAUACCAAAUAAACAAUAUCAUGACUAACUUCACAUGAGUGAUGUAUGAGUGUUGUGUAAAUUGUGCAAGACACAAAAGUUUUGUGUGGCCUAACCAGCCCUGGGCCCAAUGGUGCCCGUAUGCCGCCUAUGGUGUUUAGACAAGCUGUAUAGUUGUAUAUACUGAUAUUGAUUGUAGAGUAAUUCUUUUUUACUGUUCAUUUUGGUGGAAUUGUACUUAAAGAAGCUGCCACAACCACCAUCAUGAUAGGUGAUCUACACACAGCUUGAUCCACAAACACUGAUGAAGCUGUGUGUACACCCAAAUGUUGAUUGUGUGUGCACACUGCACUCAGGGUGGCUGUGUGCAGCCCAUUGUUAUUGUGUGUACAGAUCUACGCAUGAAGUCACCCUGAUUUAUUUAUUACCAGUCAUCUCGUUCAUCAUAUAUCAUCUUUCUCGUGCAUACUCCCCCUCAUAAGCGAUGCUCUGCCUCCUUCUUUACAAACAGAUGCACACACACAUACAUCUCUCUCACCACUUACUUGUGUCUCUAAUAUAAAGAACUAUCUUGGCAUACACUGUCUUUAACCUCCCUCACUCCUAGCGUCUCUCCCUCGCUCGUGCUCGUCCUCUUCCUGGCUCCUCAGCACAGCCCUCAGGAACCUUCUGCUAUCUUGCUGCAGCACUUACUCUAAGGCAUCCUAUAUUACAUGUGUGUCUGCCUCUCUUAGAUGCUUUUUCUCUAUUUGUAAUGUAUGGUUUGCCAUGACUGUUGUCAUGCAUAUGUUGCAUGUGUAUUUUUCUAAAAAAAAUACACUAAACCUUUAGAAUAUUCCUUUUCUUUUGAUUCCUACAAGCUUGCAGAAUGAUCAUGCAAACUAGGCCAUCUCUCUUCUUCCCUCCUUUAAAGCAGCUGUUUGUUCCUUGCUCGCCUGUCACACUCUUCACUCGAUUAAGGUGUCAGACAGAUUCUCAUAAUAUAAGAAGGCGCCUGAUGCGGAUUAGCCUGCCGCUGCUACGCCACUCUUCAAUAGGUUUUAAAAGGAAAACCACAAACCAUUUGGUCUAGAGUUGAAAGGCUUUCUUGUUUCUGCACUGUUUUCGGUUUCUCGGCAGAAUUCACUCUAUUGUAUGUUUGCUCAAGAAGUUAGCGGAAUUCUAUUUUCACUUUUUAUUAAUAUUAUGUAUAACAUGUGGCAAAUAUAUUUUUGAUGUACAGUUUGAAAAUGUGAAAAAGUGUUUAAAUGUAAGUGUACUUGUUAAGUGUUGCAUAAGAGACAUGAGGUGUGUCUGAGGCGUUUGUAAAUAGGUCUAAAUAAACUUUUAGGCUGUGAUCCUCAGUUCUCUAGAAGCUUCUUUGGUCAGAAAAUUUAUUGAAAAGUCCAGUGACCAAUUUAAAUUAUUUCAAAACCCAAUAAAGAUCACAAUGAAAUAUA